GAUUACAAUCUGUGGAUUAAUGAUUGUCCAUGCAAAAAAUUAGCUUAAUGAGACAUGUGUUGGCCAUCUGGUCGUAUUAUAAUGCCAAAAGAAUAUUUGAGUUCAUUUUCUUCUCUGUCUUUUUUCACUAAGGUGAUCAAUUCUUGAAGUUUGCAGUGUUUCUUCAUCCAAAUACUGAAAAUUCAGUGCUUGUGUAACUCCAAACUUAGGUGACUAAGAACCCAACUUGAAAAUCAAGCAAUCCUAGGAUUAAGUUGUUGAUUGCAGUAUUAGCUCAAAACUCGAACACUUUAAACAGGAAGUUAACCUAAUUAAGUGGUGUCCUCAUAUGGACAUUGCUUCAGAACAAGCCGCAACUUAAGCAAUACAUCCUGUGUUUGAAAAUAGUCAAAUGAAGUUUAAGUUUAACAAGCUCUAGUAGCUAUAGAACUAGCAUGGCUAUUGAUGAAUAAGUGGAAAGAGGAACUCUGAAGCAACCUUAAAGUAGUAGAAUGAGAGGGAGAUCUAAUCAGAAAGUUUGGUGCAAGAAAGCAUGCAAUUCCCUGAACAUGCUGAUGAUGUAGCAACAGAAAACUCUCAGUAGACCCACUAAUUAUGUGAGUAUAUAUAGCUUCAAAUCCCCACAUGUUUUAUACAUGCACAUGCUUUGCCAGUUUUUGAGUUAAGUUGAUCCCGAACUUAAUCAUCAUGGAGACUAGUCCGAAAACCAAGUCUGCUCAUAAGUCUGCAGUUCAAUCUGGUAAUGCUGCUGCUAGAGGAGGGGUGAGAUACAGUCCACCUCAUCAGGCCAACAAAAUUCCUUCUUGGUCAAGAGAUGAGGUGAAAGAGCGACUAGUUGAAAAAAGCAAGGUUUCUCAAAAGACUCCUGCGAAAGAAAACACCAAAUCGCAGGAUUUCAAGCUCCACACCCAGGAAAGAGCUGUUAAGCGCGCGAUGUUUAACUACGAAGUUGCAACCAAAUUCUACAUCAUAGAGUAUCAGAAGAAACAAGUCGAGAGGAUACACAAGAUGAUAGAGGAGGAAGAGGUUCGGAUGCUACGGAAGGAGAUGAUUCCUAGAGCUCAGUUGAUGCCUUUCUUUGACAAGCCCUUCUUUCCGCAGAGAUCAAAUAGGCGUUUAACAGUUCCAAGAGAGCCAAGUGGAAACAUGAUUGGAAGCAAAAUUUCUUGCAGUUAAAACCUUAUCGCGUGCAAUUUUCGAUACAGUGAAGCCCCGUUAAGUAAAACUCAUAUGGAUCACCCGCGAGAUUUUCUCUGAUCAAUCGUUUGUUUUUCUUCUUGGCCCGGGACGCCCUGCAUUACAAAAAAAAAAAUUAAAAAAAAUUCUCUUUUCUCAUUUCAGUGUUGUUUCUCUCUUUGAUCAGUUCAGUUGUAUGUACGUAGAAUUAAAGCUAUCGCAUGUUCUAGAGUUUAUACUUCCGAGUGUCGAGAUAUACUAGUUUGAUGUAGCAGGGGCUUCAUAAUUUUGCCUAGAGUUGGAUAUGUGGAAUAAAAUCUGGUUUCUUUUCCUUU